UGAUGAUUGUAUAUGCAUUUCUGUUAUAUGACAUGUAAACUAUCGGACUCUGUGGAACUGUAAUAUACCAAGGAUUUAAAAUUUACACUGUAAUUCACUUAUUACAUAACCAGCGAAGGAUUUAUUUAACAUAAACUGGAGUAUAUAUAUUUACAUAUAAUUUCUGAGACUGAAAGAAGCAAUCUGACACACUGAAUGAACCCUACUCUGGAAUAUCAAAAUAUUUAAAAAAAUAAACAAUGGAAAUUAUUAUGCAAUAUUUUGAGUAGCAACAACAGCAACAACAACAAUAACAAAAAAUAAACUAGAUGAAAAACGGGGCACAAGAAAACAAAGACAGAUUGCACAGGAAAAGAAAUCUGAAAAGAAAAAAAAGAAAACGAAAUAAAACAGAAUUAAAAUAAUCCUUUUGAAAAUGAAUGAAAAACUCAAUCAAGAAACCUGAAGCAAGGAAAAGCAAGGAUUGAAAAUAGGAAUUCUAUCAACAUUAAUACCAAAAAUAAAUUGAAAUGUUACCAUCACACGAGAGAAACGUAUCGUUCCAUUUUAAACUGACCGCUAUAUUUAUUUACCUUAUAUUAUCAUUGAAUUGUUUCAAUGCUCAAUACAUUCAACCAGGACUAUGCGAUAGCCGAUGUCAUUGUCCUAAAGGUGAAGGUGUCGUCCACUGUGACCGACAGGAUCAUCUACACGGUGUACCAACCAACAUACCCAGUGGUGUAACAAAAUUAUUUAUCCAGCAGAGUGAUUUCCCAAUACCAAAUUUUUUAAAUGAAGCUAAUAUGACUGGAUUAGAAAAGUUGGAGUAUUUACGCAUUAUUUAUUGUAAUCUACAAGUGAUCGAACCUAGAACAUUUAUUAAAAUGACAGAAUUGAAACAUUUAGACUUGUCGCAUAAUUCAAUUAUCCGACUGGAAUCGUAUACAUUUUAUGGAUUACAAUUAACUAAUUUAUACCUGCGUGAACAACAUUCACUGCCACAGUCAGGAAUGUUGAUUACAGAAGAUUCCUUUCAUGGUCUGUCAGCAAGUCAAAUUAAUUUGCGCGGUAAUCGAAUUCAAUCGGUUCAAUAUGAAAUAUUUGGUAAAGUACCAGGUCUUGAACGUUUAAUCCUUUCAGAUAAUCGCAUUUCAUAUAUUGAUGAUGGUUUUGAAAGAUAUUUUGAUACUCCAAACAGACUGCUUGAUUUAACCGGAAAUCCACUAGAGUGUAAUUGUCGUUUAUCAUGGAUUGCUCAAAGAAGUAUUGAUUGGAGAGAUAGUCUACCGGGGUUAAAUAUGACAUGUAUUCAUUAUAGUAGUAGUAGGUCAGAAAGAUCAGGCAAAGAGAAAUUGAUCUUUGAAAUUGCAAAGUUAACCGCCGAUCAACUUUGUCCAACAUCACGCAUCCAACAGAUAUUUAUCAAUGUCCUUGAAGAUGCAAGUCGUGCUUUAAUAUCGUGUACUGCAGUCACUGUACCUAAAAGAUCAAAUCAUCUUAUGGUGAAUAAUAUGGAUUCAGUGGCUUCUGUUGGCAUAUUAAGUCAUACACCACCAGGUGUAGCUUGGCGGUAUGUUGAAGGUGGACAGUUGAGAGAGGUGAGACGGCUAACGUCAGAAAGUCAGACCGAUUUGACCGGGGAUCGGAAUUAUCUCUUCCAGUAUAAUUCAAGUGAAAAUCAUCCAUCAGCCACUGUUCAACUGAAUAUUUCAUUGGAUACGAAACCACGAAGGUAUACAUGUGCUACAUGGGAUGAUAAGAAAGAGACAGAAGAAGUGAUUGUCACACUGAAAGGUCCAGAGAUAAAAUCCUCGCCGACAUCGAAUAACAUCACUUGGUCAGCUAAACAUGAUAGCGGUGUGAAUCAAAACUAUUUGACAAAAAUGACUGGGAAACAGUCAGAAGAGAGUAUAAGAAAUGAAAUCCUAUUUGAACAACCACACUACUUGUAUCAAAAACAAUUCACUUUAUUAGAAAUGGCUGUUGCCGUCAUUUGUACAUUUUUGACAACAUUGAUAUUUCUGCUAAUCGGUGCUAAAUGUCUACGAAUGUGUAGACGGCAUACACUGUUCCGUUUAACCUCAAGUUGUAGUUCAAUCGGUGUCAACGACUCUAAAGGUGUUUAUCAUUCCGCGAAGGUGUUAAAAAGUGAGACAAAUAUCUCUGAAUCAAAUAUCACUCCAACAAAGUUGAAUGAUAUGACAGUACAAAGUGGAAUCAAUGAAAAUGGUUUUAAUUUUAUGCGAACACAUCCUAAUCCUUAUCCACAAAUGGUUUUAUCAACACUAGGCAGUCAUAAUAACUUCUCGUCACCGCAGAUGGCACAACAUGCAAAUCUAACAAAUCAAUAUUUAUCGGUGACUGGUGUCAACGGUUGUUUACCCCUUCCAUUGCCUCCACCACCUCCCCCACCUCCUGCUCCAGCUUCAUCGUCUGGUUCUGGCACAGAGGAUUUACAACAGAGUUUAGCUCUUCUCACGUCGACACCACUUAUUCAACAGAAUAAGCUGAGAAAUCUUCUAGCAAAUGAUAAUGCAGCCGCUGCAGCAGCAGCAGCGGCUGCAUUAUCCCCCUUCCUGACAAACACACAACCACAUAUAGCCAAUUGGUUAGUUGCUCCAGGAUCACCGUAUUCUGUGACUGGUAGUCAUGUUUACGAUGUGCCUAGAACACUUGAGAUUAAUCAAAGCACAUUGCGAAGUUCAUCAGGUUUGGUGAAUCGAUCUAGUCUUCUCAGUGACUUAGAAUGACAAUGGAUUAAUUAAUGCAGAACAAGCAAUAGUUUGCUUUUGUUUUGCUCUUUUGUUUUUGAUUUAAUUUUCUUCAGAUUUUCUCUACAACGCAUACACGAAGGGGCGGAGUGACAGACAAAAGGAGGGGACAAUGAAUUCCCUUGUAUUUAUCUUUUCGCUUUUUUAAAAAGUUCUUUCUGAAUCUUAAUCAUAAACAAACCGCCACCCCCGCAACCAUUUAGUAAGUUACUACACUUACACUCACACACUGACCUUUGUACCUUGACCCAUUCUCUUCCUUUUCACAGCAUGACCACAUAUCAUCCGGUCCUUUGUUAUUAUACACCCAGGUAUAGAAGCAUUUUGAACAGGCGGACAGAUUUACCUAACUAACUAAAUCCAACUAAUGCAAUUGUUACUGCGUUUUACGAUUGCUGUUAUAUAUAUAUUAUGUAUUUCACUACCGCUAAUUCUGCUGCUACUAUUUCUAACACUGGAAAGGGAUGUACUCAUGAAAUAUAAAUAUCAGAGAAUGAGAACUCUUCAACACUAAAAUAGGAUUAAGCUCUUUGUAUCUGGCAAAAAUAAUUUUUGUACCCAAAUGGGACCAUGUGAUGCCUGGAUGGUCGAUAGUGAUCACAAUUCUAUUCAUCUUUUUUGCUUGAUCUUCACCGUAUU